AUGUUCCUAAACAGUAUGUACACGGACGGAUACACAUGUAGGGUCUCAUUCUGCAGGAAGGUUCACCCCAUCUCACCCAAUGAUAAAGUAUUCCUGGAGGUAGACGAUUUCACUAGUGAAGAGGUAGAUCUUUACUUCCGUCCUUGCACUGUUGAUCCAAAUAGGUCUGACGUCUUCGUAUCCUAUCAUGAUGAAAACGAUUUGAGACGCUUGUCAACUGCCGAGUAUUACAACAUGAAUAGGACUGUCAACCGACGAAAGUUAGAGCAAGAUAGAAAGAGAAGGUCGAAUAUAGAGCAAAUUGAAACCCACUUACCUUCACCUAAAACUACAAAUGUCCAACAAUAUACAGAAUAUAUUAUAUAUACCCUUCGACAUUUUCAAGCAUUAACAGAUUUUUAUGGCUUUAACACUGCUAGAAUCAAAUGGUGUAACUACAUAGGCUCUCAGCAAGCGAUUGAAAAUGCAAUCAAUAUUCUCAUUGAUGGGUCAAAAAAAUAUAACAAAAAGAAAAGAAAGGAUACUAAAAGGAAUAAGCGGAAGAGGCGCAAGAUCGCAAGCAGUUAUCAAUACGGUCAUCAUGGUAGUUAUCGACCAAAUACAGGGAAAAGAAGGUCAAGGUACAGUUCAUAUUUCUUUUAUUCUUCUUCUUAA